GGGUGUUCCAGGAGAUGGUAAAGCACGAGUGUUACUUCAUCAACGGCACCGAGCGGGUGAGGUACGUGAGCAGGUACAUCUACAACCGGGAGCAGUUUGUGCACUUCGACAGUGAUGUGGGGGUCUACGUGGGGGACACCCCGGAUGGGGAGAUCCAGGCCAGGUGCUGGAACAGGAACCCAGAAGAGAUGGAGUACAGACGGUCUCAGGUGGACACGUUCUGCCGGGACUGGUACGACAGCCCGUUCCUGGUGAACCGCAGAGUGCCCCCCAGCGUGUCCAUCUCG